AUGACUCAUAGGAAAACAUUUGAGGCUUUAGAUGGAACCUUACGAGAUAUAACGGGCAUAGAAACACAAUUUGAUGGCAAAGUGAUGAUUCUUGGAGGAGAUUUUCAUCAAGUUCUUACUGUAGUGCCUCGUGGAACCAAAGUGCAAACAAUAGAUGCAUGCAUUGUAAAGUCCUCAUUAUGGAACAAGAUUCAAGUUAUCCAGUUGAAACAUAAUAUGAGAGCUCAACAAGACCCUGAUUUUGCAGAAUUCCUACUUCGUGUUGGUGAUGGAAAUGAGUCAUUUGUAGAAGAUGAUAUGAUUAGAAUCCCGGAUUCAUGUGUUAUUCCUUGGCAUGGCGAUGAAUCAAUUGGUGAGCUUAUUGGUUUUGUAUUUCCAAGAUUAGAGGAUAAUGCUUUCAACAUUUCUUAUAUGGUUGAUAUGGCUAUCAUCACCCCAAGGAAUGAGGACGUUGACAAGUUAAAUGAAGUGAUGUUAAACUCAUUUCCUGGGGAACAACACAUUUAUUACUGA